UGGCGUGAGAAGUGAUGAUGAUCUGGCAACCUACAAAAUACUAGUUUUUGAUCCUGGGAAUCUAAAGGAGUACUAUUUAAGGAUUGAAACAUCAACCGCUUACGAAACGUGGUCCACAUAUUGUAGAAAUCCCAAAUUAAUUCGACCAGAUGCAGGGCAUCGAGAGCUUCAAAACAAGCCAAGGUGUGAAGUAUUCGGAUCACAGGAAGCCAGAAUAGCUUUGACAGUUGAGAAAAUUUACUGUGCCCGG